AUUUUGAUACAAUUUCCCCGGUGGACAAAGUAGUGCAGCUAUAUGAGACCAUGAUGACGAGACACUGUACUAUGUUGGUGGGACCGACAGGUGGCGGUAAGACCGUCAUUUUGAACUGUCUGGUCAAGGCACAAACAAACAUGGGACUGCCAACGAAGCUGACGGUAGUGAAUCCAAAGGCAUGUUCAGUCAUAGAGCUAUAUGGUAUCCUUGAUCCGGUGACACGGGACUGGACUGACGGCCUCUACUCGAAGAUAUUUAGAGAGAUGAACAGGCCAACGGACAAAGAUGAGCGCCGCUACUCGUUAUUCGACGGCGAUGUUGACGCCCUCUGGAUUGAGAACAUGAACUCUGUCAUGGACGACAACAAGCUACUGACCCUGGCCAACGGGGAGCGGAUAAGGUUGGCGCCCUACUGUGCGCUGUUGUUCGAGGUUGGAGACCUGAACUUUGCGUCGCCAGCCACCGUAUCACGAGCUGGCAUGGUCUUCGUGGACCCCAAGAAUCUUGGCUAUCAGCCGUAUUGGGAUAAGUGGGUUCUGGGUCGCAAGAACGAGGAAGAACGCGAGCAGCUGAACGGCCUCUUCGAACAUUACGUGCCCGGCGCCAUCAACUACAUCGUUUUUGGUCUAUUCGGUCUGCAGCAACAGACGCCCCUUCGUACUAUCGUACCGCAGACGCCGCUGAACUUGGUGAUGCAGCUGUGCUACAUGAUAAGUGGUCUGAUGCCGAACAAGGACGAUCCCAACGAAGAGGUGGACAGGACUGUGGUGGAGUGUGUCUUCAUGGUGUCGAUGUACAACAGCCUUGGCGCGGCCAUCGUAGACAACGGAAGGUUCGAUUUCGACAACUACGUGAAGAAGGUGUGCCCGAUGAUGCUCGUAGAGGAUAACCAGGAGAAGAAGGCCACCACUAAGCAUUUCCCAAUGGCUUUCCCCACGCUCUACGACUAUUGCCUGGAGCUGGAGACCAGGACGUGGGAGGCGUGGGAGUGGCUGGUGCCGCAGUACGAGCACGACCGCGGGAUGAGGUUCUCAUCCAUCCUGGUGCCGACCGUGGACACGCUGCGGCUUACGUGGCUCAUCAAGAUCAUGGAGAGUGUGGAGAGACCGGUGCUGCUGGUGGGAGAGACAGGAACGUCAAAGACAGCCAUCAUCACAAACUACCUUCAUGGACUGCCCGCUGACAAAUAUAUAAUUCAACAAAUGAACUUUUCUUCUCGGACGUCGUCAAUGGACGUGCAACGGAACCUGGAGUCGGUGGUGGAGAAGCGCACCAAAGACACCUUCGGACCUCCCGUUGGCAAGAAGAUGCUGGUCUUCAUUGAUGACAUGAACAUGCCUAUUGUGGACACGUAUGGAACACAGCAACCGAUUGCUUUACUCAAGUUGCUGUUUGAAAGGAAAGGCUUCUACGAUAGAGGGAAGGACUUAAAUUGGAAACACCUGAAAGAUAUUGGGUUCUUGGCUGCCAUGGGGAAAGCUGGUGGUGGGAGAAACGAUCUAGCUAGAGCUCUCAUCGUAACGUUAAUACGGCAGGUGGAUCCACGUUUCAUAUCAAUGUUCUCUGUGUACAAUCUACAAUUCCCGUCGGAGAGCACGUUGCAACGUAUCUACAUUUCGAUAUUGCAAGGCCAUUUUGCAGCAUUCCCCGAAGAAAUACAAGAGAUUGUCGACAAAAUUGUACAAAUGACUCUUGAUCUGUAUAAGAUAAUAAUAGUGGAGCUGCCACCUACGCCAGCAAAGUUCCACUAUAUCUUCAAUCUUCGUGACCUGUCGCGAAUCGCUGCCGGCAUGUGCCUCACUCACCCCAAUUUCUUUAGCGAGAAGCGGGCCGUGGUCCGGUGCUGGAGAAACGAAUUCACCAGGGUUAUCUGCGAUAGACUCAUUAAUACUCAGGACAAUGAUCUUAUGAUGGGUCACAUUCAAGAACACGUCGUAAAGUAUUUCCCUGAAGAAGAACCAGUUGUGUUAGAGGAAAUCGUGGUGCCUGAAGAAGAAGCAAGAGUUGAAGAGGAGGAAGACGAAUAUGGUGAAAUUGUACCAAAAGGAAAGCCACAACCAGCAGAAUCUGAACCAGAGCCCGUCGUUGAAGAGGAAGAGGAAGAGGAAGAAAAACAGCUCACUCUAGAGGAGUAUGUUCUUCGUGAUCCAUUGCUGUUUGGAGAUUAUAGAAAUGCCUUGGACGAGGAGGAGAUUCGAUAUUACGAAGAUCUUUUGGACUAUGAGGCUGUAUAUUUCUUAUUCCAAGAGAUUCUAGAUGAGUUCAACGAGCGCAUCGGCAAGAUGUCAGUGGUGCUAUUCGAAGAUUGUUUGGAGCACUUGACGAGAACCCACAGGAUACUGAGGAUGGACCGCGGAAAUGCCAUGAUCAUCGGUGUUGGGGGUUCGGGCAAGAAAUCUAUUUGUAGACUCGCUGCUUUUGCUGCAGGUUGUGAAGUCUUCGAAAUAACCGUAACGCGAAAUUACAACGAGAAUACAUUCAAAGAUGACAUGAAGAGAUUGUACAACCAGCUGGGAGUUGACGGUAAACCUACUGUCUUCUUGUUUACUGCUGCACAGAUAUUGGAGGAAGGCUUCUUGGAGUUCAUCAACAAUAUUCUGAUGAUCGGCAUGAUACCGGCGUUGUUUGGUGAUGAUGAAAAAGAUGCCAUCAUCAAUGCUGUUCGCAACGAAAGCAUCGAGGCUGGAUUUGGAGUGGCCAAGGAUGCUGUGUGGAAUUUCUUCUGCAACAAAUGUGCCAACAAUCUUCACGUAGUGCUGUCAAUGUCACCGAGCGGAGACAUAUUGAGAAACAGGUGUCGAAGUUUUCCGGGCCUUGUGAACAAUACAACGAUAGACUGGCAGUUCCCGUGGCCCAAACAGGCUUUACUGGCGGUGGCAAAUGUCUUCCUCGCUGACGUAGAGAAAAUACCAGAAGAAUUCCGUUCGAUCAUAGUCGAGCAUGUCGUGCAUGUCCACAUGUCAGUGGCGCGAUACUCUGCGGAGUUCUUGCUGCGUCUGCGCAGGAAUAAUUACGUCACACCCAAACACUACAUGGACUUCCUCACCAACUAUUUGUCGCUACUCAAUGAAAAGGAUGCCUUUAUUGUAGCUCAGUGUGAGCGCCUGAUUGGUGGCUUGGCAAAAAUAGAAGAGGCCAAUGUUCAACUAGAGGACUUGAAUGCCAAGCUAGCUGUGCAGAAAGUGAUUGUUGCUGAACAAACAAAAGAAUGCGAAAUACUAUUAAAAGAAAUUUCAGUUGCAACGGAAGCAGCUGUUGCUAAACAACAAGUGGCUGAAGUAAAAAGUGCUGAGAUAACUGAACAAAGCAAAGUUAUCGUUGUUGAGAAGACUGAAGCAGAGGAGGCUCUAUCUGCUGCUCUGCCGGCCUUGGAGGCGGCUAGGCUUGCUCUAGCCGACUUAGACAAGAAUGAUAUCACUGAAAUUAGAUCUUUUGCCACACCACCUGAGGCUGUACAGGUGGUGUGUGAAUGUGUUGUCAUCAUUCGUGGUAUAAAGGAUGUCAGCUGGAAAGGUGCCAAAGGCAUGAUGGCGGAUCCAAAUUUUCUGAGAAACCUGCAAGAAAUGAACUGUGAUUUGAUCACGCAGGCACAAGUGAAGGCUGUGAAAGCCCACAUGAAGAAGAGUAAGAAGCUGGAUACUAUGCAGCAGAUUAGUAAAGCUGGGUACGGCCUCCUUAAAUUCGUCAUAGCUGUCCUGGGCUACUGUGCAGUUUACCGCGAAGUAAAACCCAAGAAAGACAAAGUGGAGGCUCUCGAGAAAGAAUACUCAGAAGCGUGCAAUUACUUGGCCUCGCUGAAUCGCGAAAUAGAUAGACUACAACGGACAUUAAAUGGCCUUAACACUAGAUACGAUACCGCUAUGUUGAGGAGACAAGAGUUGCAAGAAGAGACUGACAUAAUGAUGAGACGGUUGGUUGCUGCCGAUAAAUUGAUGUCAGGUUUAUCGAGCGAACAGAAAAGAUGGACAAUAGACUUGGCAGCGCUGUACGUGGAACAGUCAAGACUGAUUGGAAACUGUCUCCUAGCCGCGUCUUUCCUCAGCUACACUGGUCCUUUCUCAUUCUCCUUCAGAGAAACUAUGAUCUAUGAGGACUGGCUUGGUGACAUUAUGGAAAAAGGAAUACCGCUGACGACACCGUUCACAAUUGAGAAAAAUUUAACCAAUGAGGUUGAGAUUAGUGGUUGGAAUUCGGAAGGUCUUCCUCCAGAUGAAUUGUCGGUUCAGAACGGUAUUCUAACAACGAGAGCGUCGCGGUUCCCGCUUUGCAUUGACCCCCAGACUCAAGCUCUCACUUGGAUUAAAAAGAAGGAAGCUAAAAAUAAUUUGAAGGUGCUGUCAUUCAACGAUCCACAAUUCCUGCGUCAUCUGGAAAUGGCUAUAAAGUACGGGAUGCCCGUAUUGUUCCAGGAUGUGAAUGAGUAUAUAGACCCGGUUGUUGACAAUGUGCUCGAGAAAAAUAUUAAAAUGGAAAGUGGGCGCACAUUCGUAAUGCUCGGCAGCUCCGAGGUGGACUACGACCCUCACUUCCGCAUGUACCUCACCACCAAGCUGGCCAAUCCUCAGUUCAACCCUUCCGCGUACGCCAAGGCAGUCGUCAUCAACUACACGGUUACCGUACAGGGUUUGGAAGACCAGUUGCUAAGUGUGGUUGUGCGUGCUGAGCGAUCUGAUCUCGAGGAGCAGAGAGAGAGCCUCAUCAUCGAGACAAGUGCCAAUAAAAGUCUGCUGUCUGGAUUAGAAGAUUCUCUACUCAGAGAGCUGGCUACUUCUACGGGCAACAUGUUGGACAAUGUUGAGCUUGUCAAUACUCUGGAGAAUACUAAGUCUAAAGCUGCUGAGGUCAUGGAGAAAUUAGAACUAGCUGAAGCGACAACAAAGGACAUAGAGAAGUUAAGAGAUGGGUAUAGACCGGUGGCGAAACGUGGAUCCAUCUUGUUUUUCGUUUUAUCUGACAUGGCGGGAGUCAGUACUAUGUAUCAGUACUCGUUGUCGUCGUACCUUGACGUAUUCUCUUUCUCUCUACGAAAAGCAAUGCCGAACGUUAUUUUGGGCAAACGUUUGAAGAAUAUCAUUGACAUGUUGACUAAGAAUGUCUACGACUAUGGAUGUACAGGAAUAUUUGAACGACACAAGCUGUUGUUCUCCUUCCAAAUGGACAUAAAGUUGGAGCAGAGCGAGGGUCACGUCAGCCAAAUGGAGCUGGACUUCUUUAUCAAGGGCAACGUUUCGCUCGAGAAGUCUCCGAGGGCAUGUCCAGCUUCGUGGAUUCCAGCACAGGGCUGGCAAGAUAUCAUGAAGCUGAGCACAGACUUUCCGGAAUCAUUCGCAAGUCUUCCCGAUCACAUCACUCGUGGUCUCCAGGAAUGGCAGGAGUGGUUCGACAGCGAUGCACCCGAGUCUGCGGAGAUACCGGACGGAUACCGUGACAGUGUUAAUCCGUUCCAACUGCUGAUGCUGCUGAGGUGCUUCAGGGUCGAUCGUAUCUACAGGGCGCUCACCGACUACAUCACGGUCACCAUGGGCGAGGAGUACAUCACGCCGCCUGUCAUCAGUUUUGAAAUGAUAUUCGAGCAAACGACGCCGUUCACACCUGUGGUGUUUAUUCUGAGCCCUGGCUCUGACCCCACCGCUGAUCUGAUGAAGCUGGCAGACCGGUGCGGUUUUGGCGGCGGAAAGUUCAAGUAUCUAUCACUCGGGCAGGGUCAGGAGGGGGCUGCCUUGGCAUUGCUUGAGGGUGCAAUUUCUCAUGGGCAGUGGCUCAUACUGCAGAACUGUCACCUUCUUGUAUCCUUCCUGAGAGAACUGGAGAAGCAAUUAGAGUUGAUGGAGAAACCUCACCCAGAAUACAGGCUCUGGUUGACCACGGACCCAACGCCCACCUUCCCCAUUGGCAUCCUUCAGCGGUCCCUGAAAGUGGUGACAGAACCGCCAAACGGCCUGAAGUUGAACCUACGGAACACUUACUUCAAAAUGCGUGCGCAUGCGCUCAGCGAAUGUCCGCAUCCGGCGUUCAAGAAACUCGUCUAUGUCCUCGCUUUCUUCCAUGCCGUUGUACAGGAGCGCCGAAAAUAUGACAAGAUCGGUUGGAACAUUGCGUAUGACUUCAGCGAAUCGGAUUUCGUGGUGUGCAUGCAGAUAUUGCAAUGCUACCUGGAACGAUGCUAUGCUGUGAAUGGUCCUACACCUUGGGCUACGCUCAAAUAUCUUUUCGGCGAGGUGAUGUAUGGUGGCCGUGUGAUAGACGACUUCGAUCGUCGAGUCGUCGGGACAUACAUGGAAGAGUAUCUUGGAGAUUUCCUCUUUGACAAGUUCCAGCCGUUCCACUUCUACCACGACUCGCAUUAUGAUUACAUUAUACCCCCUGAUGGAGAAAGAGAUGAAUACAUAGAAUUUGUGGACACCCUGCCCCUAGUGAAUACACCAGAAGUUUUCGGCUUGCAUCCAAAUGCUGAGAUUGGCUACUUUAGCCAAGCGGUCAGGGAAAUGUGGGGACAUCUCAUCGAGUUGCAACCACAAACAAGCGAAGGAGGCGGUACAAUGAGUCGAGAGGAGUUCAUUGAUAGCGUCGCGGUGGACAUUCUCGGAACUCUGCCCGUUCAGUACGAAGUGUGGCGAGUUGGAAAGCAAUUCGAAAUGAAUAUUACGCCUACAACUGUAGUCUUGCUGCAAGAGUUGGAAAGGUUCAACAGACUAAUUGCGAAAAUGUCGAGCACACUGUCGCUGCUGCGAAAGGCCCUCGCUGGUGAAAUAGGCAUGGAUGCAGUGUUGGACAAUGUGGCCUACUGCCUCUUCAACGGACAACUGCCGCAGGUCUGGCGGAACUUAGCACCGGCCACGUGCAAGGGACUUGGUGGCUGGAUGGAUCAUUUCAAUGCGAGGACCAGGCAGUAUACCAAUUGGUCAACAAUGGAGGAGCCGAUAGUCAUAUGGCUUUCGGGGCUUCACAUACCCGAGUCAUACCUGAUCGCCCACAUUCAGAUCGCAUGCCGCCUAUACACGUGGCCGUUGGACAGGUCCACGCAGUUCACGAAGGUUACCAGUUACGUGACCGUCGACGAUAUUGAGGAGAGACCAGUCACUGGUUGUUACGUUCGGGGGUUAUAUCUGGAGGGCGCUCGUUGGGAUCUUGAAGACGGCUGCCUGAGGAGGUCCCAUCCCAAGGUGUUGGUCACCGAACUGCCGAUUAUGUACAUCAUACCGAUCGAGGCUCACAAACUAAAACUGCAGAAUACUCUUCGCACGCCUGUGUAUACUACGUCUCAGCGUCGCAAUGCAAUGGGUGUGGGGUUGGUGUUCGAAUCUGAUUUGUGGACGACUGAACACCCCAGCCACUGGGUGCUGCAGGGAGUGUGUCUCAUCAUGAACACGGACUAAAGGAGCAUUCACACUGGACGCGCUCACAAUAUCAAGACAUCUUCAUGAAAUUUGAAAUGAAAGUUGCAAAGUGGCGAAAUGUUAUUCAUCACCAGUGGGAGGCUCCUUUGGAUGAUCCACAGGAAGCCGGCUAGAUUAUGGGUAGCUCAACGGCGCCUAUUUCUGCCGUGAAGCAGUAAUGUUUAAGCAUUACUGUGUUUCGGCACAUAAUGUUUUAAUAUAUGUUGUAAUUAUCACGUGAUCUAUUGAGAUAUAUUGUAAUCAUUCUGUCCAAUGAGUGUUUGGUAGCCCACACACUCACUCCAGUUGGUUGACUAAAUUGUUUGCAUUUCGAAUUCGUAGGUAUAAGAAGUGUACUAUCAACAAUCAACCAUCAUUCGUCAAGAUUCUCGCAAUAUAGCUGUUUUCCUAAUUAAAUUUUACCGCAGCUACAAGCAUUUAACGAAUGAAGGAGAUUUGUAACUGUAACCUUGUCAGUUCGAGCUAUUAAAAAAAAUAUGUAUAUUGAAAAGUAAACUAACAUGAACAGUCUUGGGUUGGCCAACUCGACUUACAUUACAUUUGACAAAUAACUUUUCAAUUGUGACAAAUGAUACUAUCCAAUAACAGUUAACACUGGUUAAUUAAUUUAAAUAUCUUUUAAUAUAAGGUAAAUAGUCAAUAACAUAAUAAAGACUGAUUUAUAAA